CUGAUUGGUGGAAUUUUUCGGGAGAUGAUUGUAGCUUCAUGAGUGAUCCAGUCCACUGCUUAAAUCCAUAUCACCGGUAACCAACCAAAGUCCAAGUCCAAAGUCCUUAUCAUUUUCAAAAUCAAAAAGCAAGCAAACAGUGGAUAAAUAAAUAGGUACGACACGACCACGAAAAUGAAUAUUUUUACUCAUUAGAUUUCGUUUUUUCGUUGAAAUUUUAAGUCAUUCUUUCCAUUAACUGCACAGAAUUGGUUAAUCAUUAUUCAUUUUGCAAUGAGUGAAACUCGGAAUCUGCCUAAUGAUGACAGAAAAAUCGAGAAGACGGUGAGUCGUUGGGUAGCUUUCAUUCAAGAUGGUAUGAAAUUGUCGAUUGACUAUCGCAUUCAAGAAUUACAGAAAAUCCUGAAUCUGGACCUGAAUGAGGAACAGCAGGAAACCCUGAAAAAAUAUGUAACGCGAAAUUUUGCUGAAAUGGAGACCGUAAAGUUGGUGCUUCAAGGAGCAGUUGAAGACAAAGUCCAACUGGAGGAUAAUAAAGUAGAUCUCAUUCGACAGCAUGCGAGUGCGUCAUAUGAUAAGGCCAAGCUCCUUCCGUUUGUAAAAUUCGCAAUGUGCCCCAUCCAAUUGCAUCGGGCCAUGGAACUCUUUCCUGUUCGUUUUCUGAUGUGUGUGAAAGCUGCUUUCCGGAGGCAAAAUGAUUUGCACGCGAAAUUCAAAAAAUUGACUAAUCCUACCCGCAUCAAAAAGCUGGUCAUUAAUGAUAUAAAACACUUCGCAUCCAUUUCGAAGCUCAACGAUAACGAUCGAGAAAUAGAAUUCAAAACCGUAUGGGAACGUUUUCGAGGAGAUGUGGCAAAAAGAGGUCUCUCUCGACCGUCUCAGACAGCUCGUGAAUUACAGCUGGCCGUAUUCGAAUUAUACGAAGCUUCUAAUCUCCAAGAUGCGCUGAUGGAGUACGAAAAGCGCAUCGACAGCGUAUGGAGUCAACUGAGUGAUCCACUGACUGCUGACGAUGUAAAAAGUAUCAAAGACUUGAUAACACGACCUCCAGCGAUACUUCUCGAAUCCGUUGUGGACCAGCUCCGAGCAAAUUAUUUGGAAAUGGAAUAUAUGGAAGCAGUUUUUACGGAUGAAAUAUCGACGAAGAUAGAUACCGAUGAAUAUUAUCGACAAUGUCUAUAGAUUUUAUGUACAUGUCAACACCACGGUAUUGAGAAAAUCAGAUCAAGCAUGCGGAUACGUUGGCCUAAUUUGAACGAACGUCAGAGAUUGAGAAAAUUCGCGACUGGAUUCGCACAGUUAUUCGAUCUCGUCUCGACACUCAGGAAACAUGCCCCGCCUGUAUAUACCCCAUAUGAGUGGUAUCCGAGUAUCGACGAUUAUAAUGCUUUUAUUAAACACCUAGCUGUUACCGAAAGUGCAGAAUUAAGUUUCGUUGCUGAAACCUUGUACAAACCUUUGAGUUGAAAUAUGUAUAUGGUUUUUUUUUCGUUUUUCUUAUUUUUAAUUAUAGGUAGGUAUUAUUCACAACUGAUCUCUGUCUUCAACAAUUUAAAACUUAAACGAAGGAAUAGACUGCAUUUUGAAAACAAUAAUACCUACCUAUUAUAUUAUUCAUGUAUUCGUACUUAUAAACUUUUUAAUUUUUUCGAGAAUUCAUUAAUCAAACACAUUAGGUACACAUUUCACUCUGUACCAUCGAUCGUAAGUGCAAUGAAAUUUACAUUCAUCAUUUUUUCCCAAAGAUUUAUUCGUAUCCUUCGUCUCAUGUGACCGAGAUGUGAUAUUUUCGGCCAACAGCAGUAUUUCCUACAACAGAUUACAUAUGUACUUUGUUUAACAAAUGCUGCCCCACAAAGCACAUAAUGAUUGGAUAGCUCAAUCGAAAAUGUAUAUAAAGCUAUUGAAAUUACUUGGAAUCUGGAUAAAGUGUUGCUAAAGCAGACGUUUUUGUUUACAUUUAAUUUUUGUACAAUGUUUUUCGAAGUUGUAUUUGGUGGAGUGAUUGCCUGGAAAUAAAAAUAGAUCGGUUA